GGGGGCGGGGCUUCCUGCGGGCGGCGGGGCGGGCUGACACCUGCCCCCACACGGAGUCGGGCGGCGGCCCGCGUGCGCCAGGAUGGCUUCAAGAACCACUGCACCUCGCUCCUGUGACACAUUUGUGGCGCUGCCUCCAGCAACAGUUGGCAGCCGGGUUGUUUUUGGAAAAAAUUCAGAUAGACCCUCUGAUGAAGUGCAAGAGGUAGUCUAUUUCCCUGCUGCUUCUCAUAAGGCAGGAGACAAGCUUGAGUGCACUUAUAUAGAAAUUGAGCAAGCAGAAAAAACAUAUGCUGUUGUUUUGAGUCGUCCAUCUUGGAUAUGGGGUGCUGAAAUGGGAGCCAAUGAACAUGGAGUUUGCAUUGGGAAUGAAGCAGUGUGGGGACGAGAAGAAGUCUGUGAUAAUGAAGCACUCCUAGGCAUGGACCUUCUCAGACUUGGACUCGAAAGAGCGGAUACAGCUGAAAAUGCCCUCACUGUCAUGGUUGACUUGCUAGAAAAAUAUGGACAAGGAGGAAACUGUAUGGAGAGUCACAUGGCAUUUACCUACCAUAACAGUUUUCUGAUAGCUGAUAGAAAGGAGGCUUGGGUACUAGAGACUUCAGGAAAAUACUGGGCAGCAGAGAAAAUAGAAGAGGGUGUGCGGAAUAUCUCCAACCAGCUCUCCAUAACAACCAAGAUCGAUCGGGAACAUCCUGAAAUGAGAGAUUAUGCUAAGAGCAAAGGCUGGUGGGAUGGUGAAAAAGAAUUUGAUUUUGCUGCCAUAUAUUCCUACGUAAAUACUGCCAGAAUGAUAACUUCAAGGGGCAGAUACUGUGAAGGCUAUAAGCUACUGAAUAAACACAAAGGCAAUAUAACUUCUGAAACAAUGAUGGAAAUUCUUCGGGAUAAAGAGAGUGGCAUUAAUAUGGAAGGAGGAUUUAUGACAACUGGAAGUAUGGUCUCCAUUCUACCUCAGGAGCCUAAUUUCCCUUGUAUUCAUUUCUUUACAGGAACUCCAGACCCUGACAGAUCUGUUUUUAAGCCUUUUAUUUUUGUGCCAAAUAUUACUCAGUUACUAAAAACCAGCUCACCAACAUUUGGUCAUGAUGAUCCAGUGAAGAAGAAACCACGGUUUCUGACUAAGCCAGAUCGAAGACAUGAGCUCUAUAAGCAACAUGAAAGUGCUGCUGUGGUUAUGGAAACCUUCAAGGAAAAAGGUAAAGAGAUGCUGGAACAGAUACGGAAGUUGGAGAAAGAGAAAAUUAGCAAGAUGGAAUCAAUCCUGCAAAAUGGAUGUCUUGAUGUUAACCAAGCUGUUAACCUUUUUUCACAGUGUGUGGAAGAGGAAAUCAACACAUAUGCUUAAGAGUAUAAAUCAAAUGCAGUGGAAUUUGGUCCUGGUGAUCAUGAUCCCUUGUAGUUGUAUGGCUCUAGGGAUCAAAUCUUAUUUUGGACAAGUCAUUUUCCAUUGAUGAUUAGGUGUUUAGCAUCUUCUAUAUGCUGGCCUACGGGCUUUUGAUAAUGAUCAAAUGUUUUCAAAGGUAGGGAAUAGUUUUGCCUUUAAAUGACACUUGGCUGUAGAUAAAGAAUAUGACAACUAGGUGAAAUGCCAGUAAGAACCAACUUGAUUAACAAUUAAAUAUUAAAAUGCCUAGUAGGUAUUGAAAUUCUUGGUUAUUUUAUGAUUAAGAUUUUCAUUCGGUGCAUCUUGGUUUUGAACAACUCACUCUAUGAAUAUGCAUGUAGAUUUUAUACUCAAAAAGUGUUACUCAAGUUGAUUAUCACAGCAUAAUUUCACUCCCUGAAUUAAAAUGGACAAGCGAGAACUCUCUGAAAUGGAGAAGCCACUAUUAUGUAUCAUUAUCCUCUGAGGUUAAUUUAUUCCUGUAAAACAAAUAUCGCAGCACCAAUACUUAUUUUAAUGCUCUGCUAAUAAUCCUCCAGUUGUACAAUUGCCACACUAAGAAAAAUAUUUUACUUGUCAGCAGUAAGAGUUUUCAUGACAGUUGUACGCUAGGAUAGACUAUAGCUCAAUCUAGUAUUACUUUAAUAGGAUAUAUGUACUUUACACUUAAUUGUGCAAGUGGCAAUGCAUGAAUGACAAGUUAACCUUCAAAUUAACACAUUGAGUAGGAGUGUGUCUAAAGUAAUCUGCCAUUUUAAAACCAAAUUACAGCUUCAACUUUACAAUAAGUAAGUUGGACUGAAAUGUGUUAAAAUGGCUUUGACUUUCAAGUUCCAUUAAGGUAAUGAGUGUAUGGUAUCUUAGCAAUACAAAAUGACCUGCCAGUUACCACAAAACAUGUAAGAUUUAGCAUCCUUAUAUGUUUGCUAACCUUUAUUUAGAAAGAAGUGUUUUGGUUUUAUGUACUACUCUCUGAUUACUUUGAAAUUAAUUCUGCCAGUGCACUUUUCAAGACAGCACUGGACUGUUUUUCGUAACAAUCAUUUUAUUGAAUCAUCUGUUUAAAACACACAAGUACAAUGAAUAAUAGGUCUGAGUAUUUAAAGAUCUGAAGUGUGCCUACUCUUACAGCAUGACAGUUUUAAAAAGAGAGACUAAACUUUUCUUCUUUAGAUGAACGCCUUGUUAUUCAUAACUUGUCUUGCCAAAGCUGCUAAUUUAUUAAAGAGUGAUUUAAGCAAAGCUAAAUCCUUGAUCCUGUAUUAAAGUCAUGAUCAAUUUGUAACAUUACCUUCGUAUUCAUGGCAAGAGACUGGAAGGAUAAAUGCAGGAUUCUGACUUCAUUCAUACAGAAUCAAGCUAAAGGUAAGGAAGACUUGUAAAAGAGAAAGUACUUUAAAGUAUCUGAAGUAUAGAAUGUAUAAAAUAACUGGUGAUACUACUGGCAUACUAAAAAUCAGUUUAAAUUUUCUGUAACUGGUUAGUAACUGCAGGUAAUAACACAUUAGAUACAUCAGGCAAUCCGUAUUAGCACAGAAAUCAGAUCGAUUUAUACAAGUAUUUUUUUUUAAAAAACCAAACACUUUUCCUGGGUAAAUUUGAAGAACUCUACCCAUUUGUAUAUUUUCUCCAUUUAAAACUGUUGCUUUUCUGUGCCUAUAACUUAGUCUGUGUAAUAGAAAUAGAGUGCAGGUCACACUUCCAAUUGCAAUUCUUCAUCUAUAUUAAAAUUGUAUAGAGAUAGA